GAGAGUUCUUUCCCCUCGGUGCAAGAUCCAUCAUGGGGCGCCGACCAGCAAGAUGCUAUCGGUAUUGCAAAAAUAAACCAUACCCCAAGUCAAGAUUCUGUCGAGGUGUACCAGAUGCGAAGAUUCGCAUAUUUGAUCUUGGAAGGAAGAAGGCCCGUGUUGACGAGUUUCCUCUUUGUGUCCACCUGAUUUCUGACGAAUAUGAGCAGCUGUCUUCAGAGGCUUUGGAAGCUGGACGUAUUUGUGCCAACAAAUACUUGGUUAAGAAUUGUGGUAAAGAUGCUUUCCACCUGCGGGUUCGCUUGCAUCCUUUCCACGUCAACCGCAUCAACAAGAUGUUGUCAUGUGCAGGAGCUGAUAGGCUCCAGACCGGUAUGAGAGGUGCCUUUGGAAAGCCCCAAGGAACUGUUGCCCGAGUACACAUUGGCCAGCCUAUCAUGUCUGUGCGUGCUCGUGAGCAACACGAAUCUGCUAUUAUUGAAGCUCUGAGGCGUGCAAAGUUCAAGUACCCUGGACGCCAAAAGAUUGUGGUGUCUAAGAAGUGGGGCUUCACAAAGUGGCCUAAGGAAAACUAUGAGCGCAUGCGACAGGAGGGUAAACUGGUACAGGAUGGUGCAAAUGUACAGUAUCGUCCUGAUCAUGGGCCGCUGUCAGCGUGGAAACAAGCUCAGACUCUGUCACGCCAGUAAGCAAGAUGGAACUGCGUUGGGCUACUGUCCCCAUCAUUUAAACAUAAGAUUAAAAAUGUGCUUCUGUUGACAUAAAACGUCCUGAAAUAAAUGAGGCUCAUUUUUAGACUUUC